CACCGACAGAGAGUCUCCACUUCACUCGGACACCUUUGGCCAGGUAGAGAACGGUACGAGCAAGAUGGAGUGCGAGUGGAAGCCCGACGAGCAGGGUCUCCAGCAGAUCCUGCAGCUGCUGAAGGAGUCCCAGUCCCCCGACACGUCCACGCAGAGAUCCGUCCAGCAAAGACUUGAGCAGCUCAACCAGUAUCCAGACUUUAACAACUAUUUGAUAUUUGUUCUGACAAAGUUAAAAUCAGAAGAUGAACCCACGCGGUCCCUGAGUGGGCUGAUACUGAAGAACAAUGUGAAAGCCCACUAUCAGAACUUCCCUAAUGGCGUGUCUGAUUUCAUCAAGAGCGAGUGCCUCCAAAACAUCGGAGACUCCUCUCCCCUCAUCCGGGCCACCGUAGGUAUCCUCAUCACCACCAUCGCCUCCAAGGGAGAGCUACAAAACUGGCCGGGGCUUUUACCUAAACUCUGCCUGCUGUUGGAUUCUGAGGACUACAACACGUGUGAGGGAGCGUUUGGAGCCCUGCAGAAGAUCUGUGAGGACUCUGCUGAGAUCCUGGACAGUGACGUACUGGAUCGACCUCUGAACAUCAUGAUCCCAAAGUUCCUGCAGUUUUUUAAGCACAACAGUCCCAAGAUUAGGUCUCAUGCCAUUGCCUGCGUGAAUCAGUUCAUCAUCAGCAGGACUCAGGCUCUUAUGCUGCACAUCGACCCUUUCAUUGAGAACCUGUUUGCACUGGCGACAGAUGAGGAACCAGAAGUGAGGAAGAAUGUGUGCAGAGCUCUAGUCAUGCUGCUGGAGGUUCGCCUGGACCGUCUGCUGCCACACAUGCACAACAUCGUAGAGUACAUGCUACUGAGGACUCAGGACCAAGACGAAAAUGUCGCCUUGGAAGCCUGUGAGUUCUGGCUUACUCUGGCGGAGCAGCCUGUGUGUAAGGAAGUGCUGUGUGGACACCUCUCCCAGCUCAUUCCAGUGCUUGUCAACGGGAUGAAGUACUCUGAGAUUGACAUAAUCCUGCUCAAGGGCGACAUCGAGGAAGACGAGGCCAUUCCGGACAACGAGCAGGACAUCCGGCCGCGCUUCCAUCGCUCCCGCACUGUUGCCCAGCAGCACGAGGGCGACGGCAUCGAGGACGACGACGACGACGACGACGAUCUGGAUGAUGAUGAUGAUACCAUCUCUGAUUGGAACCUGCGGAAGUGUUCGGCUGCAGCGUUGGACGUGUUGGCCAACGUGUUCAGGGACGAUCUGUUGCUGCACAUUCUGCCCCUUCUCAAAGAGCUGCUCUUCCAUCCGGAGUGGGUCGUUAAAGAGUCCGGCAUCCUCGUGCUGGGGGCUAUAGCUGAAGGCUGUAUGCAGGGCAUGAUCCCAUACCUGCCUGAGCUCAUUCCCCAUCUCGUGCAGUGUUUGUCUGACAAGAAGGCCCUGGUGCGCUCCAUCACCUGUUGGACACUGAGCCGUUAUGCCCACUGGGUCGUCAGCCAGCCUCCAGAUACUUACCUGAAGCCUCUAAUGGAGGAGCUGCUCAAACGUAUUCUGGAUAGCAACAAGCGUGUGCAGGAGGCUGCGUGCAGUGCCUUUGCCACUUUGGAGGAGGAGGCCUGUACAGAGCUGGUUCCCUACCUGGCAUUCAUCCUGGACACACUGGUGUUCGCUUUCAGCAAGUACCAGCACAAAAAUCUGCUCAUUCUUUACGACGCCAUCGGAACACUUGCGGACUCAGUGGGGCAUCAUCUCAAUAAACCGGAAUACAUCCAGAUGUUGAUGCCUCCACUGAUCCAGAAAUGGAACCAGCUGAAAGACGAAGACAAAGAUCUCUUCCCUUUAUUAGAAUGUCUCUCGUCUGUAGCCACGGCCCUGCAGAGUGGCUUCCUGCCCUACUGUGAGCCAGUGUACCAACGCUGUGUCAACCUGGUGCAGAAGACCCUCGCUCAGGCCAUGCUUUAUCAGUCCCAGCCAGACCAGUACGAGGCCCCUGACAAAGACUUCAUGAUCGUGGCUUUGGAUCUUCUAAGCGGCCUGGCGGAGGGGUUGGGAGGCACCAUUGAGGAGCUGGUUGCCCGUAGCAACAUCCUCACCCUCAUGUACCAGUGCAUGCAGGACAAAAUGCCAGAAGUGCGUCAGAGUUCCUUUGCCCUGCUGGGAGAUUUAACCAAGGCUUGUUUCGUACACGUCAAACCGUGCAUCGCUGAUUUUAUGCCCAUACUGGGUACUAAUUUAAACCCAGAAUUAAUAUCAGUGUGCAACAAUGCAACAUGGGCAAUCGGAGAGAUAUCUAUACAAAUGGGGUCUGAGAUGCAGCCGUACAUUGCCAUGGUGCUGCACCAGCUGGUGGAGAUCAUUAACAGGCCAAAUACCCCAAAGACUCUACUGGAGAACACAGCAAUAACAAUUGGUCGUCUUGGUUACGUUUGUCCUCAAGAGGUGGCACCCAUGCUACAGCAGUUUAUAAGACCCUGGUGCACCUCUCUACGAAAUAUAAGAGACAAUGAGGAGAAAGACUCUGCGUUCAGAGGAAUUUGCACUAUGAUCAGUGUAAAUCCGGGAGGUGUAGUUCAGGAUUUUAUAUUCUUCUGCGACGCUGUGGCCUCCUGGGUAAAUCCAAAGGACGAUCUCAGAGACAUGUUCGGCAAGAUCCUCCACGGGUUUAAGAACCAGGUGGGCGAGGACAACUGGACGCGCUUCUCAGAUCAGUUCCCCAUGCCGCUGAAGGAGCGGCUGGCAACCUUUUACGGGGUGUAACUGUUUCCACGGCAGUGUGCCUCAUCGCUGGGGUCAUUCACUAUGGGAGACAAUAUAGGGAACCUCUUUUACCCAGGGAACAUGUUACCCUUUACUGGGGGGAAGGGUCUGCCUGCUGAGGGGAGGGAAGGGGUACGGACCCCUCCCCGACCUGAAGGAGGGGGUGGGAGGGAGGUGGUAGCUGCAGUGCCCAGUGCCCCCCAUGCACAGGCAAGGGGGGAGGGGGAGGGACUGCCAGGACAACCUUAUCAUGGGAGGAAUAUUCAUGUUAUCACAUCUCAAUCAGAAAUAAUGAAAUCGAUCACCUUUUUAUUCCCCAAACUUCUCUUAUUUUCUGUUAACUUAACUACUGAGAAGAAAUGUAAGCAAAAACUCUGUGACGCAUUUGCUCUUUAAAAUUGUUGUUUAGAGGACGAGUUUGCACUUUGAAAUGUGCCGAAAAUGGUCUUCAGAGCCAGAUACGCUUUAAUUAUCACGUCAGACUGAUACGUGGUGCGUGUGUGUGUGUGUGUGGAAAUCCUCAACAUGAAUCAAUCCUACCAGUAGAGUAGAAGACUGUUCAUUUAACAAUGCAGUUAAGUUGAUGGUUCAUCAAGAGGUAUUUUCUCUAAAUACAAGGAUAGCUUAAAGCUAAGGAAAAGCAGCUGAUGCUAAGAAAAGCAUCAUAUUUGAUCCGAGUCCUAUUUAUAGAAAGCUGCAUAUCACCAAGAAUAAUUUAUCACCUAUAUAGUUAUCAGUUUCUUUUUUUCCAGUGUUUCUUUUUCUUUAUCAGGGCAAAAGCUGUUCAUAAUGUCACUGGAGAGCACAUGUUUUCUUUUCAGAGCAGCUUUUCUGGGAAUAGGUAGCAUGCUUGUAUCAUUGUGAGAAGCUGUGGAACAUUAGUGGUGUGUGUUGCGUUUCCACAGCAGUCUUUGCCCUGUGAUGAGGUUUCUUCUUUGACCUUGUGAUUUAUCUAUUAACAGUACUUUUGUUUGGUUUCCUCUACCUGAGAACUACGGCGAUCAGCUGUAACGUAGCAUGACUGGGUUUACGCACCGAAAUCUAAGGAAAAUGUGUCAAUUCUUGGCUGUGAUGUGACGUCGGAGUGAACCUCUCGGUCUGGUCUUGUGGCGUUAAUGUGGCGUGGACGUUUCAAAAAGCUCUGGAUGCUUACAGUCCUUUAUAUUGUCGGAGCCUCGUGGAGGGGGGGAAAAAAAAUGAAGGAGACACACGGAGGAGACACCACAACGACACAAACACCGUCUUGGUGAUUUGUUUUGUGACUCAGAACCACGCAGUCCAUGGAAUGAAUGUUAAAACCUGUUUUAUUUCUCAAUGUACUGAAGUUUUUCUUGGGUUUUAUGGCUUCGUGUGCGUAAAGCAUGAUCUGGAGGACGACUGUAUAAUGUUUGGGGUGGUUGUGUUUCGUGGGGUACUUUCAUCUUUCUGCAUGUUGGUGGCCCCUCACAGCCCAACGUAACGUGGGGAGGGGAUUACGGGAGGGAGGGGAGCUUCAAUUAAAGGUUUUUAACAAAGUACAUAGUACCCAUUUAUGUAUCGCAACACUGGGACUUUUAUAACUUCACAUGUUCUCCCUAAACGUUGACCCCCCCCCUCCAUAGCUGGAUGUAUAGUUUUUAAAUACUGUGAAACUACAACAAUGUUAAUGUCCCUGGUUGUUCUGCGCUGUUCUAUUUUAUAAAGUGUGUAAGUAGCCUGAAUGUAUUCCAUGAUGGGUUUGAGAGUUUAAAUAUCUUUGUUUUUUUAUGCCCUGCCAGUCAUUGUUCCUCUGCUGGCCAGAGUACUAACUGCAGUAUUUUAACCCUUUGCGAUGCACUUACAGUUUAAAAUGGCGAGUGCUUUAAAAAUUUAUGAUGUAGCCAAAAAAAAAAAAAACCUUCAGAAUAUGACCUGAGUUGUAACCCGAUCGCUAAGUAUUGCUGCUAAAAAUGUAUUUACCGAAUGCAAUAAGUAUCUCGAUGCAACGGGGUUACUGGAAUGUGAAAGUACUUUAGUGUCUUAGAUAAACUUUCACAGUAUAACAAUAUAAGAAUGAUCUCUUGGAUUUAUCAUGAAGGAGGUAAACAGUGAUUAGAAUGCAUCAUGGAAUACAGAGGCAAAUACUUGUAUGUGCCACAUCAUUUUGUGUUUUGAAGUGAUUUUUUUUUUGUCUGUCACAUUCCAGCUGUUUGGCAUGCAAAAAAAUGGAGUAAUCAUGGCUUACAAGGUGUGUGUGUGUGUGAGUGUGAACAGUCCUGUUAUUCUUUCAUUGAAAGAGGGUAGGUCUAUAAAACACGUGCGAAACAAUCCCCAUACUGUGCUGCGUUUCCGACUUGACUGCUGCUAUACAUUGUAGUUGUGUUUCACUACUUGAAUACGUGUUUUCUAUGUGUUUACCUCAGGUUGUCUGUGUUUCAGUGUUAUUUGUUCUGAUUUCCCCGACGUGUACGCCUUUAUGCAUCUCCUCUCAUGAACUAAAGAUAAGUAGAACUCUCGCCCUUUAUAUUUAAAAAUGGGUUAAUUUACAUUAAUGUGUAUAUGUGUGCAACACUGCUAGCUGUCAAAUGUGAAUACAGUUGCAAGGCAGGGGGGAGAAUAAAAUGGUAACUUGCACAUACUUCAUGUACCUUUUUUCGUCAAAAGUGAUUGUUAUCAUACUACGGUAAAUAUUUAGUGUGAUGUGUACACAAUGCCUUGAGAGCAAAUACUUUGAGGUUUUGUUGGUGUUUUGCAGUAGAUGUACAGUAAACUGUAUCUAAAGAAACGUAAAAGAAAAGAAAUGGGUCGACAACUCAAAGAUAAUGUUAUAAACAUAAUUUGCAUAUAUAAGUUUGACUUUCUAUGAAGCUUUACUAAAAAAAGAAAAAAUGUAUUUUAUAAAGCGCCCACCAUUAUUAAGGAAUGUCUCGUCAAAGAACUCCCGUAUUCUCAUUUAGCCUUCAUAUUGAUUAGACUAUCUGCCUUCAUCUUUUUUGCUGAUAAAAGCAAAGACAUCAUUUUGAUAGACAUGGUUUGAAUUUUUUUUUUUUUUUAAUAAGCUGCUAAAUUUAAAAAAAAAUAAAAAAAAAAAAAAGUAAUACUUUUGGGGCCACCAAAUAUUUUGGAUCAUGCAAAGAAUCUAUAUUGUACUGUAGUAAUUUUGUAAUAUUUGUAAGAUGAUAUAGUGGAUGUGACUGGUUACCAUUGCUUGAAAUCUGUACAAUGUUCCAAUAAAUUGUUUACAUUA